CCCCCUUCUCCCCCUCCUCUUCCUCCUCUUCCUGCUUCCCCUCCUCUUCCUUCUUCUCCCCCUCCUCUUCCUCCUCUUCCUGCUUCUCCUCCCCCUUCUCCCCCUCCUCUUCCUCCUCCUCCCCCUUCUCCCCCUCCUCCUCCCCCUCCUCUUCCUCCUCUUCCUGCUCCUCCUCCCCCUUCUCCCCCUCCUCUUCCUCCUCCUCCCCCUCCUCUUCCUCCUCUUCCUGCUUCCCCUCCUCUUCCUUCUUCUCCCCCUCCUCUUCCUCCUCCUCCCCCUCCUCUUCCUCCUCUUCCUUCUUCUCCCCCUCCUCUUCCUCCUCCUCCCCCUUCUCCCCCUCCUCUUCCUCCUCCCCCUUCUCCCCCUCCUCUUCCUCCUCUUCCUCCUCCCCCUCCUCUUCCUCCUCUUCCUGCUUCCCAUCCUCUUCCUUUUUCUCCCCCUCCUCUUCCUCCUCUUCCUUCUUCUCCCCCUCCUCUUCCUCCUCUUCCUUCUUCUCCCCCUCCUCUUCCUCCUCUUCCUGCUCCUCCUCCCCCUUCUCCCCCUCCUCUUCCUCCUCCUCCCCCUCCUCUUCCUCCUCUUCCUGCUUCCCCUCCUCUUCCUUCUUCUCCCCCUCCUCUUCCUCCUCCUCCCCCUCCUCUUCCUCCUCUUCCUUCUUCUCCCCCUCCUCUUCCUCCUCCUCCCCCUUCUCCCCCUCCUCUUCCUCCUCCCCCUUCUCCCCCUCCUCUUCCUCCUCUUCCUCCUCCCCCUCCUCCUCCUCCCCCUCCUCUUCCUCCUCUUCCUGCUUCUCCCCCUCCUCUUCCUGCUCCUCCUCCCCCUUCUGCCCCUCCUCUUCCUCCUCUUCCCCCUCCUCUUCCUCCUCUUCCUGCUUCCCCUCCUCUUCCUUCUUCUCCCCCUCCUCUUCCUCCUCCUCCCCCUUCUCCCCCUCCUCUUCCUCCUCUUCCUGCUUCCCCUCCUCUUCCUUCUUCUCCCCCUCCCCUUCCUCCUCCUCCCCCUUCUCCCCCUCCUCUUCCUCCUCCUCCCCCUUCUCCCCCUGCUCUUCCUCCUCCUCCCCCUUCUCCCCCUCCUCUUCCUCCUCCUCCUCCCCCUUAUCCCCCUCCCCUUCCUCCUCCUCCCCCUUCUCCCCCUCCUCUUCCUCCUCCUCCCCCUUCUCCCCCUCCUCUUCCUCCUCCUCCUCCCCCUUAUCCCCCUCCCCUUCCUCCUCCUCCCCCUUCUCCCCCUCCUCUUCCUCCUCUUCCUGCUUCCCCUCCUCUUCCUUCUUCUCCCCCUCCUCUUCCUCCUCUUCCUCCUCCUCCCCCUUCUCCCCCUCCUCUUCCUCCUCUUCCUUCUUCUCCCCCUCCUCUUCCUCCUCUUCCUCCUCCUCCCCCUCCUCUUCCUCCUCCUCCCCCUCCUCCUCUUCCUCCCCCUUCUCUUCCUCUUCCUUCUCCUCCCCCUCCUCCUCUUCCUCCUCCUCCCCCUCCUCUUCCUCCUCCUCUUCCUCCCCCUUCUCUUCCUCUUCCUUCUCCUCCCCCUCCUCCUCUUCCUCCUCCUCCCCCUCCUCUUCCUCCUCCUCCCCCUCCUCCUCUUCCUCUUCCUUCUCCUCCCCCUCCUCUUCCUCUUCUUCUUCUUCAUCCUUCUUCUCCUCCUUUUCCUCUUCUACCUCCUAGAUAAAUUGGAAAAGAAAAGUUGUGUUAAAAGUUGGUUUAAGAAUAUACAUAAUGAAACUUGCAUUUGUUUUCUCAUAUCAGUCCUUGAACUUGUAUUGUAAUGUAUGCUAAACCAAAUCUCCUGCAAAGGGUUAUCAACAUCGUAUUUUUUUUAUCUCCCAAUUAAUACAAAUGUUUGAUUGGAUAGGCUGUCUCACUUAUCCCUCCAUGGAACAGGUCACU